CAUAGUAGGCCUGAGUGGGAGGUCCAGACUUGUUACUAUAGCUCUGCACGUUUAUUAAGCAAUCGCCAAGAUGCCAAAAUACAAGCUGAUUUACUUCAAUGCCCGUGGGUUUGGAGAGAUGGCCCGAAUGGUGUUUGCCCAGGCCGGAGUUGAAUAUGAAGACGUCCGUUUUGAGCGUGAUGAAUGGCCGAAAUUUAAACCAUACACACCAUUCGGACAGGCCCCGGUCCUUGAAGUCGAUGGUGUCCAAAUAGCUGACAGUGCCGCCAUUGCCCGGUAUCUGGCUAGGGAGUUUGGCCUGGCUGGGAAAACUCGGAUCGAGGAAGCUCAAGUGGAUAUGUUUGCGGGCGCGGCUUACGAUCUUAUAAAGCCAACCAUUGACAUUUAUAACGCGGAGGGAGAGAAAAAGGCAGAGUUGGUUAAAAAGUUUCAAGAAGAAACCGCUCCUAAAUUUUUGGCAAAGUUCGAGUCGACCCUUGCGGAAAACAAGAGUGGCUUUUUGGUCGGAGAUGGGGUCACAUGGGCGGACUUCACCCUCAUGCAUUUCAUGAGCUGGAUUUGGAGUCAACUCCCUGAGGAUUUCGCCACCAAGUACUCUCAUGUGAAGGAGCACGGCAAACGAGUGGAAUCUUUACCCAAAAUAGCCGCGUGGAUUGCCAAACGUCCCGUGACCGCAACAUAACUCUACACAAACUGAACUCUUUUCUUUUUACAUGGAAUAUUAAUGCCAGUAUAAUACAGCAUAUAAGUUCGCAAAUAUACUCUCUGUUAGAGACUAGACGGCUGGAGGAACAAUUUGCUUUGUGUUUACAUGUCGGUACUGAUCGGAUAGAGUUGUAUUUUAGUUCCAUGAUUGUUCACUCAUGGAUGUACAAGGUCUUUUUUCACAGGGGCCGCAUGGGCAGUGAAUAAAUCAGACUUUAUUGUCUUCAUA